GGCACACCAACUGCUGUGUACCAACUCAAUACCCACCGCAGGGCGCACACGCGACACAGCACACAAACCAUACCUUCACCGAAAGGGUGUUUCGAAGUUGGUGUUCGUUGGCAUAGUCUCGAGACCGAGGAAGGAAGAGGGUAAGGCAACCUUCAGCAUCACCCAACAGGCACAGCAGGGUUGACAAGAGCAGCUGCAGCUGAGGGCAAGCCAGUAGCACAGCAGCGAGGAGCGAAGAGACUAGGAGCGCUGAGAGAUGGCCCAGCCUGGAAGGAGCCCGGAGGUGGAUGCUGAGCUGAAGAAGCUGCAGGGGGUACAAAGCGAGCUUCAAGCUUUGGCGGCGUCCCGCAGCCAGUUCUACCAGCAAGCGAAUGAAAACGGCAUGGUGAAGCAGGAAUUGGACCUGCUCGAAGAUGAGGCUCCCGUCUUCAAGCUGGUUGGGCCGGUGCUGAUUAAGCAAGACCUUGAAGAGGCCAAGCAAAACGUUGCCAAGCGACUGGAGCUUAUCGAGCGAGAAAUGGCAAAGGUGUCCAAGGCGUUUGAGGAGAAGCAGAAAGAGGAGGCCGCAAUAGGAGAUGAGAUCAUGAGGAUGCAAGGAGGAAUGAAAGAGCGAGCAGCCGAGGAGGCGCGGAAGAUCAUGGAAGGCGCGGCAUAGUAACACAUGGCGUACACGUAGUGGGAUGUGUUGGCAUUAUGUACCGCGCUGUUUAAUGAAAGUGUAUCGAAAGGUGUCGGACGUGUUUCUCUUGGAAUUAGUACUGGGAGAGACAAAACAUUCACGGGACUUAGCUCUCCGUCGUGCAAAUAGUGAAGUCUGUGAACGUGUGGACGAGAGUGCGAUGACAGCAUCGGGUGCUUCUUGGAUGCACCCAUGCGGAACGAGAUUUCGAGGAAUGUCACUCUCCGCGGCUGGGAAAUGAUACCGCUUGGGCUGGAAGGAGACACAGCUGCCGGCUGAGUAGACUUGGAGGCUGCACGCGUUCUCGGGGAUGCCGUAGAAUAAACCGGCGUAUGUAGUAAUCUGUCACUCCAAGACUGCUUUCAGCGCGGAUCUGCUUUUUCUUCGUUAUUUCGGUGAAAGAGUAAGCGUACCGACACGACUUUCGGUGGGCGCGAUUUUCGAAGUCGAAGGCCUGGUUUUGGCGCGUCAUACGUGCCCGCUGGCAUUAGAACCAGAGAAGCUGCAGAUGAGAAAGGAGAGCGGGGGUGACUAUCCG